ACUUUCUCAACUUCCAUCCGAAGCCGCGCCAUUGCGGACUCGGCGCGGAUUUUGCGGCUUCGCUGUGCCACUCUAGGCCAGUAUGUCCCGCAGUUACUAGAGGGGAUGUUUUAUAGGCGAGCAUUAAUCCCUCACCCUUGGUCAAUAGAGUGAAUGUACCCUUUGAGAUCAAACAUUGGCUGGAUCGCCUAUAUUUCCCGAGAUGGUAAACAAAGGAUAUAAUUGGUCAGCUCGUUGAGGCGAGAUUCGGCGAAUUGGCCAAAUUUCCAAAACGACAUAUUUUCCCUUGUUGUCCAAGGUUACGAUUGCAAUAGGACGACAAUUCAUAUUUCUCGCCUUUGUGAUGUCUCGAUCGGAUCAAGUCAAUCUAUUUCGCGGCUGGCCUUCAGCAGACCUCCUGCCAACGGAGCGUCUGAAGAAAGCUGCGGUAGACGCCCUGUCUGAUCCAGUCGUUUCGGCUGAAGGAUACGGCUACGGACCCGAUGAAGGAUACCUUCCGCUGAGAGAAAAUAUCGCCAGGUGGCUUACCGACUUUUAUGCCCCCGUGCAGCCUAUUGAUUCGAACCGUAUAUGCAUCACCGGCGGUGCCAGUCAAAAUUUGGCGUGCAUUUUGCAGGUGUUCACAGACCCGAUUCAAACGAAACACGUAUGGCUUGCAAACCCGACAUAUCACCUCGUCUUUCAAAUCUUUGAAGAUGCCGGUUUCUAUCAGCGGCUUGGGGAAAUACCAGAAGACGAAGAGGGGUUGGAUGUUAAUGCUCUCGCUCUCGCUCUUGAAGCGUUUGAAAAGAAACUACCCGCAGACAAUGAGGAUACCGGACAUGAGAAUAUAAAAUCUCCCAAACCGCAUAGGAAGUCAUAUCGGCACGUUAUAUACUGUGUCCCGACAUUCUCGAAUCCAUCCAACAAAACAAUGUCAAUUUCGCGACGCGAGUCACUGGUUAAGAUUGCUCGCAAAUAUGACGCUCUCAUCGUAUGCGACGAUGUUUAUGAUUUUUUGCCAUAUCCAGAAUUCAACAACAGCUUAGCCCAAUCCAGCUUACCGCGCCUCGUGGACAUUGAUAGGUUUCUCAACCGUGGCCCAAGAGAUCGGUUCGGAAAUGUGGUGAGCAACGGCUCGUUUAGCAAAAUAAUUGGUGCUGGCUGUCGAGUGGGCUGGGCUGAAGGGACUGGCGAUCUCGUUUAUGGACUUUCUCAAACUGGCUCUACCCGGUCUGGCGGCUCCCCGUCACAGCUAAUGUCGACUUUCGUUAACGAAAUACUUGAAGACAAAUCCCUUCAACGACACAUUGCCGAUACCAUCAUCCCAGCUGGUUCACGUCGGUAUGCUCUGAUGACAUCCGCAAUAAACGAACAUCUGGUUCCACUUGGCGUCACGUUCCUUGCUGGCUCUGAGCACUAUUCAGUAAUUGGUGGAUACUAUGUCUGGAUUGAACUGCCCGUCCCAUUCAAUGCUGCUCAAGUAUGCAAAGUUGCGCUGGACCACUACAAUCUCGUCCUAGGUAAAGAAGGUCUGUUUACUGUGCCGGGUACAACUCCACAAGAAGAUAGACAACAGCAUAUAAGACUGUGUUUCAUGUGGGAGGCUGAAGAAAGGUUGGCGGAGGGUGUAAAAAGGCUUGGGUUUGUGCUUCGAAUGUUACGUGAGAAUGCCACUUUCGAGAAGUGAGUAAUGAUACGAAUGUACACACAUUAAGCUUGGUCCUGUCCAUAAUAAUCGAAUUACGUAGACGUACUGCCAGCAUAUCAUAAGAUUCCGC